GUCUCGUUAUGCGACGUUGCCAACUGUAUUGACUUAAAGUACGAAGGAACGAAGACAAAACGUACGCGCGUGGAUUGUAUGUAGAACUUAAAGCCGGCAGCUUUUUGAUUAAAGAUCACGCAAGAAUUUGCUAUAUAUAACUGCUAAACAUUGUAAAUGGACUUAUAUUUUAUGUGAUACUCAUGGCAAUAUUGAGUUUUUGUGCUAAUCAAGGUUUUCUGUUAAAAGUGAGAGUGAAUUCACUAAAAACAUAAGACCCUUUUGGUAACGAAUUUGUGUGAAGUAUACGUACAAGGAUUUAUAUAUUAAGAAAGGGACAUGGUUGGUACAAUUUCAAGAACACAAUAAUCAUUUUGUAGCCGCAAGGAAGGAUAAAGAAACUGGUCAGCCUAAAGCGGCAAUUGUAAAAUGGGGGAUCGGGGCGCGACGGGGGGCGCUUGGGGUGCGCGCGAUGAGGCCUCGUGGUGGCCUGGAAGCGCAGGGGAUCUACAGCAGCAGCAGCAACAGCAACAACAACAAAUAAAUGAGGAAAUUGCACGAAGCACAGCUGCUGCAACGCAUCAGUUAUACACGUAUAAAAUGACUGGAGGGUUUUCAAAUAAUGGCGCUGAUAACUCUACAUCUAGUUACGAUUACCGCCUUGUAUCUGGCUCUAAUAACAGAGAAGAAUCUCCACAACAGUCUUGGUGGUAUGCAUCAGGAUCAGUUGAUUCUCACCAACAGGCGUCUUCUCCGGCGUCCCAGAACCAGUCAAGUCCAGAUCCGGAGCAGGGCGCACAGCAGGCAAAUGGUAUUCAGAGCCAUCAGUCCUUGCAGUCGCAGGAGCAGAAUCAGGCCAUACAACAACAGCAGGGCCAGAUACAGCAGCUCAUCCAACUGAACUUGAGGAAGGAGUUGCAGCAAGCACAGACUUUGCAGCAAACCUUGCAACAGCAACAGCAGCAAAAUCAACAACAAUCAUUGCAGCAGAUGCUGCAACAACAACAACAGCAGCAGCAGCAACAACAACAACAGCAGCAGCAGCAGCAACAACAGCAGCAGCAACAGCUGCAACAGACUUUACAGCAGACAUUGAGCCAAGCUCAAGCGCAGGCCCUUGUACAAGCGCAAGCUGUAUUGCAACAACAAGUUGCCCAGUCAUUGCAGCAACAGCAGCAAACACUGCAGGACCACUUGCAGGCUGUACAGCAACAACAAAUACAGGCUGCAUUGCAACAACAAUCUUCAACAUUACAAGAGUUGCAGCAGCAAGCCCAGCAGCAACAGCAGGCGUUAAUAGCGCAGUCGGCGAACAAGACCGUCGCGAAAAUGCCGCGCGCACGCGCAUACAACAAGCCGCGCGGUCGCAUGACCGCGUACGCCUUCUUCGUGCAAACCUGUCGCGAGGAGCAUAAGAAGAAACACCCCGAUGAGAAUGUUGUGUUCGCUGCCUUCUCGAAGAAGUGUGCGGAGCGGUGGAAUACGAUGUCAGAAAAGGAGAAGCAGAGGUUCCACGAGAUGGCAGAGGGGGACAAGAGGCGGUACGACCUAGAGAUGCAGAGCUACGUGCCGCCAAAGGACGUGAAGAUCGGCCGCGGCCGUCGCCGCCAGCAGUACAAGGACCCCAACGCGCCGAAGCGAUCGCUGUCUGCGUUCUUCUGGUUCUGCAACGACGAGCGCUCGAAGGUGAAGGCCAACAACCCCGAGUACUCGAUGGGCGACAUCGCCAAGGAGCUCGGCCGGCGCUGGGCCGCCGCCGAGCCGGAGGCCAAGUCCAAGUACGAGGCGCUCUCCGAGCAGGACAAGGCGAGAUAUGACAGGGAGAUGACGGCGUACAAAAAGGGGCCGCUAGGCCUAGUCCAAGCGGCCCCGCAGGAGGUCGAGGAUGUCGGCGACUUCGAGGCCGACGAGGAGUACAAGUGAAUUACCCAUGUCUAGUUGUAUCGUACAGAACUGUUCCUUUGCGUAUGGUACUGUCGGCCCGGCGCGCUCGCUGCGCAGAACUUUACAAGUCAUAUCAUUUCCACGAGAUGUCAUGUCUAUUC